GCCAAAGAUGCCGCGCAGCGGAGCGGCUGCUUCGACCGCCGCUUGGUGGAAAUCUUCUUUGCUCAGGAACGCCUGGAAGGUGUCCGCUGUGUGCGGCUGUCGGGCGUCUUCGACUGGAUCGAAAAGGUACUUCCAGAGAUCCGCGGACAAGAGAUCUCCCU